AUGACCUGUUUAUCUGAUUGGAAUUUGGAGGGUCGGGUACUUACACUUGCACUCGUUAAGUCUUUCUCAAGUGAGGCCUUCAAGGUAAAUGUGCGGAGCCAUCUCUUUAUUAAUAACCCUGUAAUUCACGGUGGCCAAUUAUUAAACAAGAACUUUCAUUCUCGUGUUCUCAGUCGCCUUGCAUUAGAUGUACUACAGGCAAUAAGAGAAAUUAUUAGCGAAGUUCGUGAGUCUCUGAAAUUUGUGAAAUAUUUUGAAUCUCACGAAGAGAAGUUUGUGAAGAUUAAGCAAUAUCUACAUGUAUUUAGUUUGGGGAGUCUAUUGAAGGAUGAAUAUUAUAAAUAUGAUACAACAUACCAUGUGCCUGCAACUGCCGGCGAAUUAAAGGAAGUCUUUGCUUGCUUGGAUACUUGA